GCGCUGUGUUAAUGAUGUGAUGAUUCAGGUUUUAAAACAAUACCUCUUUGGCCGCAGGUACAACCUUGUCUUUAAAACAGCUCUUAAGCGAAUCCUUGGAAGCACUGCAAAGAUGCCCAGGGAAGACAGGGCCACGUGGAAGUCAAACUAUUUCCUGAAAAUCAUCCAACUCCUGGAUGACUAUCCAAAAUGCUUCAUCGUCGGAGCCGACAAUGUGGGCUCCAAGCAAAUGCAGACCAUCCGCUGUUCUCUGCGUGGCAAAGCUGUGGUGCUAAUGGGUAAAAACACCAUGAUGCGCAAGGCUAUUCGUGGUCACCUGGAGAACAACCCUGCUUUGGAGAAGCUCCUUCCCCACAUUAAAGGAAAUGUGGGGUUUGUCUUCACCAAGGAAGAUCUGGCAGAGGUCAGGGACUUGUUGGUGGCCAACAAGGUGCCAGCUGCUGCCCGUGCUGGAGCCAUUGCCCCCUGUGAUGUGACUGUGCCUGCCCAGAAUACUGGUCUGGGUCCUGAGAAGACCUCCUUCUUUCAGGCUCUGGGCAUCACAACUAAGAUUUCCAGGGGAACCAUUGAAAUUUUGAGUGAUGUCGGUCUGAUCAGUACUGGCGACAAGGUCGGUGCCAGUGAGGCCACGCUGCUCAACAUGCUGAACAUCUCCCCCUUCUCCUUUGGACUCAUCAUCCAACAAGUGUAUGACAAUGGCAGCGUCUACAGUCCCGAUGUGCUUGACAUCACUGAGGCCUCCCUUCAUGCCAGGUUCCUGGAGGGUGUGAGGAACAUUGCCAGUGUGUCUCUUGAGAUUGGCUAUCCCACUCUUGCCUCUGUGCCCCACACCGUCAUCAAUGGCUACAAGAGAGUCCUUGCCAUCGCCGUGGAGACGGACUACUCCUUCCCCCUUGCAGACAAGGUCAAAGCCUUCCUUGCUGACCCAUCUGCCUUUGCUGCAGUGGCAGCGCCAGCUGCAGCUGAAACUGCAGCAGCUCCAGCUGCCGCGAAGGAAGAAGUCAAAGAGGAGUCUGAGGAAUCUGAUGAUGACAUGGGCUUCGGGCUGUUUGACUAAGACUACACCUACAAUAAAUCAACACCACGAUUUCAAUAAAAUGUCAAACAGA